AUGGCCAUUUUAGAUCUUGAGUGGAUCAAUCCUGUCUGCCGGCAAGGCAAGUUCCCAGUCUCAGAAAUAUGGGCAGCUGAUGAUGAGGACAUGGAUCCAACAUAUCUCGAUGCGCAGAAGACAGAUGGGAAAAACCCUUAUCCUCACGAGUUUCAAGUUUCGAUGUCUAUCAGUGAAUAUAUUGGCCAGUAUGGAGACUUAAACAAUGGAGAGCGUCGCGAGGAUGUUGCCAUAUCUUUACGUGGUCGAAUCAUGAGCAAUCGAUCUUCAGCUUUGAAGCUGUUUUCUUAUGAUUUGCAUGGGGAUGGAGCAAAAGUGCAAGUCAUGGCUGAUGCUAGUGUAAAGCUUGGUGAUUUUGUUGGCAUCACUGGUUUUCCAGGAAAAACCAGAAGGGGUGGGCUAAGUAUAUAUCCCAAGUUUUUUGAAGUUUUGUCCCAUUAUCUUCACAUGAUGCCAAGGCAAAAAGCUGCUCAAGGUUCAGAAAAUGCAAAUGUGAAGGAAGUACCAGGAAUCAUAGGUUUGAGACUUCGUAUGCUCUUCACUUAG